UUGCUUUGACGUAAAAGUAAACGCGCAAAGAUAUUUAUAAAUAGCAAUCAAAAGAUUUACUACACAAAUUAAGUUUCUAAGUUCAUAAGAAUGAUGGCUGAAAAGAUCAAAGUGACGAAUGAAGAUAACGUCAGUAUAACGAAAUCAUCUGACAAAAUUAGCGUUCAUCAAACGUCAUCCGAAUAUCUUAACCUUGACAUUGAUGACAUGUCUGAAGGUGACAAUUCAGUGUUCACUGAAGGCGCCACUACGCCAAUUGAACAACGUCUUCAACAAGUCGAAGAUAUCGGUUCUGAUAAUGAAGCUGAAGCAAACGAAGACGGCGAAUUACCACGCGAUGAAGGUGAAGAUAAUGAAGACAUUCCCGAAGAAGUUGAUGAUAUUGAAUUGAUAUUUUCGUCAGAAGACAACAAAGAUGUGAUUCAAGAAGAUUUGGUUUCACUUUCUGAAUAUGAACCUUGGCAAGUGGGUGGCGAUGCUGGCACUCCAAUUCUUACAAGAUUCUCAACACUCACAUCUGAAGAUCGAGAUCGUGAAGCUUAUUAUGAGAAGAAGAAAGCACUCAAAGCAGCACGAAAUAUAAGCAAAAAUAAAGAAAAAUCGUUGUCAACCGAUUCACAUCGUGGUGGCGUCGACAAAAGUCUUGAAAGCACAGACUCUUUAAGUUUCGACAACAACAAUGCUGGCGCUGAAUAUAAAUCAUCAAGCAUGGAAAAGGAUUCAAGUCUUGAUAACACAAUUUCAAGGGAUGUCAGUUUUGACACAUUUGGUAAACAUUUGACCAAUUCCGGAAUGGGGAAGAAGUGGACGAAUGUAAAUGUGUUGAUUGAAACUGACAUAUCAAAAGUUGGGAUUGGUGAUGAAAACGUUUUGGAUAUGGGUCGUCGCAAUACAUGUCCGAAUCCUCCGUUAUACCGACCUUUGGUUAACCGCUCAUCUUUCCGCAGUCCACUAACUUCGAAAUAUCCUCGGUCAUUGCGUAAUAAUUGCACGCCUGUUACGACAAAAUUAACUAAAGGUUCGGAGACUGGAGCUAUUUCCAAGAACAGUGGCGAUAAAUGCAGCUCGUCAGCUCAAACCGAUAUCUCUGCACUUCCACAUCAAUGGCGAUCUGAGACUCAUCUCGUUGGUGCUGACUACUGUCUGGGGGGUUUUACAUUGCCAUCGAAACAUUGCGCACCUAAACCAAGAAGUGGAAAAAACUCUUUAAGACUUUCCGAGAAGACACAAGAAGCACGUCGAGUGCUAUUAAGCGACAUAAAUUUUACGAGCAUGGUUCCGGAACUUUCACGUUCGGCCGAUCACUUGUGUCAACAAAAAAUAAACGAGGAAGACGAAAGCGGAGAUUAUUUUAAAGGAAAUUUACUGAAAACGCCAGAUUACAGUCGUGGAGUGACGCCAAGUACGAGUAUGAUUGCUUCGCCUGGUAUUUCACAAUGGACAGUCAAUGAAAGCACGACACAAACUGAAGGCUUCUGGCAUGAUCGAGGAGAAUCUUUCGACUCAUCCAAAAGUUAUUCACUUAGAUCAGGCAACUCAAAUGGAGUUCUCACAAAACAUCAUCGAUCAAGAAGUGUUCCAUCGUUUCGUUGUGCUAUUUGCAAGCAAAAUCAUCACACAAUGAAACCUUCGGAAAGCAUGUACAAUGCAACAAGAACCGUCACGUUUCAAGAACCUUCACAAAAGAUUCGAGGAUCUUUGCCAGAUUUACGUCACGAUUGUACAUGUCCACGUCGUUAUGGUGGCGGACGUUCAGCACUUUAUCGCAUGCACGAGUCAAGUGGAUCAACUGACAGUCUUUUGGAAGAAGCUGAUGAAUUUGUACGUCAUUGCAAUGAUGAUCCGGUUAUAGUAAAUGUGUCAUCGAAAUCUAGUAGACGAUGUUCCGAAGCUGACAUACAAAAGGAUUUCCGACCAUCAAAGCAAUCACUGCCGUUCCUGCCAAAGUCUCCGAAAUGCCUAAAACCCGGACAACUAGCAAAAGUCAUUGCUAAGACGGGAAGGGUCGUUGUUGGUAGAAUUCGAUAUUGUGGACCUGUUGCUUCCAGUGAUAACUCAGAUGAGACUUAUGUUGGCCUUCAACUACCCCACGCAUUUGGCGAUUGUGAUGGAUCAAUCGAUGGAAAGAAAUUCUUCGAAUGCAGUUAA